AUGAGUUCUAUAUCGAAAAUAUCAAGUAGAUCAUCAUCAUCAGGUUUUUCAUCGAUUAGACAUGAACGAUUUUCAUCAACUUCAACGUUACAAACAGUACUUAAUAUUCAACGAGCUGAUAUUAAUGUUCGUGCAAUAUUUUGUGGUGAACAAGAUUGUCGUUUAAAUGAAUUACGUCGUAUGACUGGUGCUAUUAUUGAUCUUAAUAUUGUUCAAAAUACAAAAUAUUCAUUUGAACGAGUUAAUUGGACAAUAUUACAUCGUAAUACUGAAAUUCGUGAUUUUGUUGUACGUCGUCUUAAUUAUUGGAUGCAACAAACACAAAUUAAUUGUGAUAUAGCUUAUGAUGAUGCUAUUUUUCUACAAGAAAAACAUGAAAAAAAAAUAAAUAAAUUACAACGACCACCACUUUCAACAGCUAAUUUUGGACGUCGAUAUCGAACACGAAGUUUAACUCAAUCAGAUAUUACAAAUUUAAAUUCAAAAUGUGAUUAUAUACCAAGUACACCAACAACUUCAUUAUAUAAACGUGAUACACCAUUUACAGGUCUUCUUGCUCGAACAUUAUUAAAUCUUGAUUCACAAUAUAUCGAAUGUAAAAAAUUAUUUACACCUCGUAAAAAUAUUCUUUCUCAAACUGAAGAAAUAUUAUCUAAUCGUACAAUUGAAAAUAUUGAAACAACGCCAAUUGAAGUAAAUCAAUUAAUGGAAACAGCAAAAUGGUCUGGAAUUUUAUCCGAUACAUCUGAAUAUGAAUUGAAUGAAAAUCGAGUUUGCUUUGCAGAUACAGUAUCAGUAGCUAAACUAGCUGAAAUGUUACGAAAUAAUGAACUAAAACCUACAUCUGAUAUACGUGAAAUUGAUAAAGUUAUACAACAGAGUACAAUAAAUGUAACAAGUCGUGAAAAAAUACGAAAAUUUGAUGGUAAAAGAUAUUGGUUUCAUCGUGUUAUACUUGAUGAUCAUAUACAAUUUCCUGCUGGUAUAAGUCAAAGUACUAAUGAAGCUCGACAACUUGCUUAUAAACAUAUGAUCGAUGUAUGUUUAAAUAAUGGUGGUGUUAAAAUGAAAAUGUUAACUGAUAAUCGAGUUAAAGUUGUUAAAGGAGAAAAAUUAGAAGAAAAAAAUCAUGCGAAUACUGAUGAUCUAGAUAUGAAUGCUACAUACAUUUCAAUGAAUGAUUUAUCAUGUUUAUCACAAUGCAAUAUAGUAAAUUAA